AUAGCAUAGUGUUCUUUGUGACUAGCAAAAAGUGGUUUCCUCCAAGCCACACCCCUUUUACGUGCCUGCGCUGCGCGCCGGAAGUAUCACCGGUCUGUCUUGGUGACGCUGGAGGGGCGGGAUUGAACAACAUGGCAGCGGCUCCACAUUCUGUGUUCUUAUGGACCCUAAUGCUCUUGGCCAGCUCUUGGGCUUUAGCCCCUAGCCAUUUCUUAAGCAAGACAGAUGUGGAGAGGCUGAAGGGGACACUGGGACAACCUGUUUCGGACCUGGAGUCUGCUUAUUAUUAUGUUGUGGGGUUUAAACACCUAGGAGCCAAAGUGUUAGAUGAACAGGAUGCCUGUGAUUUCAUCCGAUCUAAUGUUGACCCGAGCAAUGUGGAUUCCCUGUUUUAUGCUGCUCAAGCCAGCCAGGCUCUUUCCAACUGUGAGGUGGCCAUCUCCAACGAGACACGGGAUCUGCUUUUGGGAGCAGUGAGUGAGGACUCUACAGUGACUCAGAUUUACCAUGCUGUAGGAGCCCUGAGUGGUUUUGGUCUUCCCUUAGCCUCACAGGAAGUGGUUGCAGCCCUAACUACUCGUCUCAGCAAGGAAGAGAAUGUCCUGGCAACUAUUGAGGCCCUGCUGACCGCUUCCCACCUGUCCCAACAAGCAGAUCUGCGAGGAAUUGUGGAGGAGAUUGAGGAUCUGGUAGCACGUCUUGAUGAUCUGGGAGGUCAGUAUUUGCAGUUUGAAGAAGGUCUUGAAGCCACAUCUCUGUUUGUAGCCGCCACCUACAGACUGUCUGAUCAUGUUGGCAUGGAGCCAGCACUAAAGGAAGAACAGAUUGUCCAGCUGGUUAAUGCCAUCUUCAGUAGGAAGAACUUUGACUCUCUCUCAGAAGCCUUUAGUGUAACACUGGCAGCCUCUGCACUUUCUCACAACCGCUACCACAUCCCCCUCAUUGUGGUACCUGAUGGACCAGCUGCUGUAUCCCACAAACAACCCUUCCUAAAGCUGUUGGUUACCAAUGUCCUUUCCCAACCACUGAGUGAAGCCAAAGUUAAAGUAAACCAGGCAAAGUCCAGUGCUACCAAGACAGUCGUGCUGCAGCAGGCUUCAUUCUCUGCACCUGGGGAAACUUUUGAACUGAAUUUCAUGGAAGUGAAACCGGCUAGUGGCUAUUAUGAUUUCUCUAUCAGCGUUGAGGGAGACAGCCGUUAUCUGGCUAGUCAGGUGGAGCUCAAGGUAAAAGUGUCUACUGAGGUUGGAAUCAGUAAUGUGGACCUCUCAAUUGUAGAUAAAGACCAGAGUAUUUCUCCCAAAACAGCCAGGGUUGUUUAUCCCUCUAAAGCCAAGGGACCAUUCACAGCUGACAGCCACCAGAACUUUGCCUUGUCCUUCCAGAUUACAGAUGUGAACACAGGCGCUGGUCUUACCCCACACCAGACCUUUGUCAGAUUGCACAACCAGAAGACUGGUCAAGAGGUGGUAUUUGUGGCUGAGCCAGACACAAAGAACACCUACAGAUUUGAGCUAGAUCCAUCAGAAAGAAAGUCUGAAUUUGACUCUGCCUCUGGGACGUACACACUCUACCUGAUUAUUGGAGAUGCCACCUUGGAGAACCCUAUCCUGUGGAACAUGGCAGAUGUUGUCAUUAAGUUCCCUGAAGAGGAUGCCCCUUCUCCAGUCCAGAGCAAGAGCCUGUUUACACCAAAGCCAGACAUACAGCAUUUGUUCAGGGAACCUGAAAAGAGACCACCAACUGUGGUAUCAAACACAUUCACUGCUCUGGUCUUGGCUCCUCUGCUUCUGCUUUUGAUUCUGUGGCUAAAGAUUGGUGCAAAUAUCUCAAACUUCAGCUUCUCUCCGAGCACACUCAUCUUUCACCUGGGACAUGCAGCAAUGCUUGGUCUUAUGUACGUAUACUGGACACAGCUCAAUAUGUUCCAGACAAUGAAGUACUUGGCAAUUCUUGGGACUGUCACAUUUUUGGCAGGAAACCGAAUGCUUGCUCAAAAAGCAGUAAAGAGGACUGCAGCAGAACAGAGCAGUAGGUUGGCAAAGUAUAGAACACUUCGGUAAUCCGGGGCUACCCGUGACGACAGAUAAGUCUAUGGAGACCAAGAAAUAAGAUGUGAAGAUGUCAGCACUCAUUUGUUCAAAUAGCAGUCUGUUCAUUUUUGUUUUUUACUUUUUUUUUUUUGCCCCAAAGUUGUCAGUUUCUGCACUGAAUGCUUAAGGAUCAUGUCGCUAUGUCAUUCAAUCCUUUGCACCAAAUUAAAUGUGGAUUUGUUCUUCACAAACAUGCAUAGACUUUAUUCUUUCUGCCUGGGGAGGCCAACUUGCUGACAAAGAACUGGUCACCAGUGCAACAUUGAACACUUGCAGACUGUGAAAAGGGGUAUGGGAAGACAGUCAUGAUCUUUUGGGAGUAUGAGAAUGGGAAGCAGUAAUUUGGUUGAGUUAACUCUUGUGGAAAUAAAAUGAAAGGUGCAAGGGAAUUUAA